UUGUUGUUCCCCAGUAUAAUGUCAACGGCAUUCUUCUGUUUAAAAGCAGCCAAACUGCUGGAUGAAAUUAUCAUAUCCAUUUCCUAAAAGUCUCUAGUCUCAGCCACCAUAGAGAAUUGUAACUUUUUUAGAAGAGUAGUGAAGAGGAGAAUAGAGAAAGAUGAAGCUCGUGUGGUCACCCGAAACCUCUGCAAAAGCUUAUCUCGACACCAUCAAGGCGUGCAAACUUGUGUCAGGAUCUGGGGAGGCAGAGUUGAUAUCAGCCAUGGCAGGUGGAUGGAACCCUAAACUAAUAGCAGAGGCUUGGUCAUAUGGAAACUCAAUCACAACAAGUAUAGGUCUGGCCAUAGCUGCUAAUCACUUGGGUGCACGACACGUGUGCAUAGUACCCGAUGAACAGUCAAGACUAGCCUACACAGCAGCCAUGCAGAGCAAAGGCAGUGCUGAGUAUCUGCCUGAAAUAGCAGUGGGAAAGGCUGAGGAGGUGGUGGAGGAGCUGACGGGGAUCGAAUUUCUGGUUGUGGAUGGCCAGCGCAAGGAGUUCUGCAGGGUGGUCAGGGCUUCUAAGCUGAGCCACCGUGGUGCAGUGUUGGUGUGUAGAAAUUGUAGUCUAUGUAACAUGGCUGGGUUCAGGUGGAGUAGGGUUCUUAGCAACGCAACACGUGUGGUUCGAUCACUGAUUGUUCCGGUUGGAAAGGGUUUAGAUAUUGCUUAUGUUUCGAGUACUGGUGGGAGCAAGAAGGGUCAGAGGCGUUGGAUUGUGCACGUCGAUCGGAAAUCAGGCGAGGAGCAUGUGUUCCGGGGAUGAGAGGAUUGAAUUUAGUUCGUUUUUGUUUUCUUGCUGAUCACUUGUACAGACUAUUAACAUUUUUGAUAGCUAGCUAGAAUUGCAGUUUCUUCAUUAGCGAAUAUCAUGAAUUAGUAUUACAUAAUAAAAAAUCUUGUACAUACCGAUGAAACAUAACAUAAAAUUCAUUUGAGACU